UACCUGUUUAUUUUAUGCUCAAGUUUGCGCACCUGCUUGAGCACCUUAACUGUCCACCAUAUCCCGAAUAAUCCUGUGCGUCUCCUCUUCUGCAGAUAUGCAUAUUGUGGCGUCAACAAACUCAUGUACUGUAAAUGUAUAGAGUAUAAUUAACACUGGCGUCAGUAUGCAGCUAAGAAGUGUAGAAUUAAUUUGGCUAUGAAAGGAUAAAGUCCGCAGCUCAGCUUGACACUGGUCAAAAACCAAAGUCUGAUUGAAAGAAACACUGCAGUGAAAUAUUUAACAGUAAAUAUCUAACUGAUUACAUUCCGUGUGCACUGAGCUUCUGCUCUCCCACCUGAUGUCAAACACGUCUCGUCUUCUUUAGCAGGAUUACUCAUGUUAAAAGCAACGAAAUAAAAACAUUUGUGCAAAUAAAGUAUAACUGAAAAGUUCUUUUCUGCACCGCUCCGGUGUUUGAGACUGCAGUUUGGUUUACUCAUUAACUUAACUCUGUAUAAGUUAGAGAUUAUUUUCUUGUCUGUGACCGAUGAACAUAACCUGUGCCCUACAGGAGUUGGGUGUUUUGUGUAUGUAUGUGUGUAUGUAUGUGGAGAUUUACCAAAAAGUUAAGUACUUACAAGAUAAGACAGGAGCUGUGUAGAAUCUAAAGGUGGGCCGACAAGAGACUAAAGGUAACUAAAGAGAAAGCUUUGCUCAAUAAAAGAGUCAAAGAGUUUACUUCAGAUUGGAACAAGGAGACAAAAAGACGCACCGUCAUGACUCACCGCUUCUUUGAGGGGAAGGAACAUGCCUCCAUCUACCAAACAUAUCGCUUUCCGCCUCCUGAUGGGCUCAGAAAUAUUAUUCUUCAAUACUUGGAUAACAAGAAGGGACAACCACACGAGCUGGCAGUCGAUCUAGGAUGUGGAACGGGUCAGAAUUGUCAACUAUUCGCGCCACACUUCAAAGAAGUCGUGGGAAUGGACGUCAGUGAGUGUCAGCUGGACGAAGCCAGAGCGGUGCAAAGUUGCCCCAACAUCACAUACAGGAAAGGGACAGCAGAGGAGCUUCCAUUUUCACAUAACUCGGUAGACUUGCUGACAGCAGCAUCAGCAGCUCACUGGUUUGAUCAGGACAGGUUCCUGGCUGAAGCAAGUAGGGUUCUGAAACCCCGGGGCUGUAUGGCUCUGCUGGGCUACUCUGAUAUGAGCAGUAAACUUCACUACAAGAACUGUGGAGAACAACUCACCCAUAUCUUUAAAGAAAUGAAGCAGACGCUAAUGCCACACACAAACAACCGAGUAGCUGUAUGUGAGAACAAGCUGGAGGAUCUUUACGCUGCCAUCACUUUUCCAGACAAAGAGAGGGUUGAAUAUAUCGAAGCAAACCAAUUAAUCUCAUUGAGAAACCUGAUAGGAUUCAUUGAGACCUGGUCCGCUUUUCAAACGUACAAAAAGAAAGACCCCAAGUCUGCUCGAGACCUGCUGCUCAACACUCAGGACAGGUUUCUGGCUGCGAUGGCUGUCACGUCUCUUGACACAGAAUUAAAGUGGGAGCUGGAAUAUUACUGCGUCCUGGCAUCGUAACCACAAUAAGCUACACUGUAGCACUUUUUAACAUUUAAAACAUGUGAUGCAUUCAAGGUACAGUGUAAAAUGUGGCAACAUUUAUUGCAGCUACACCUUGCAGCCGAUUGUCCUAUUUUUAAAUCUUACAUACUGGACCUUUAAGAAGAGAACGUAUUAAAUGUGGACAUUCUUGUCUAUUUUCUUUGUCUUCUUACCCCUUUUUUUUCUUAAUGAUUGUAAUUGUCACAGGAGGGGAAGUGCCCCAUCUUGCACUUUGAAGUGUAUAUUUGUAUUUUACAAGUUUUCUUAAACGUGUUUUACAUUUUGCACUGAAGAGGAGGAAGAGGAGGUGCCAGGCUGUUGUGGUGGUGUGGGGUUCUUCCAAAUAAUAAAUUGUUGAAAUUGUUAAA